GCAGCUGCUGAGGAGGAUGAGGAGGAAGAGGAAGAGGAGGACGAGAACGUGGAGGAGGGGGGGGCGGCCCGGCUCAACGGCCGAGGGGGCCGGGCGCAGGAGGGCGAGGAGAGCUGGAUGCAGCGCGAGGUGUGGAUGUCCGUCUUCCGCUACCUCACUCGCAGGGAGCUCUGCGAGUGCAUGCGGGUGUGCAAGACCUGGUACAAGUGGUGCUGUGACAAGAGGUUGUGGACAAAGAUAGAUUUGAGCAGGUGCAAGUCCAUCACCCCCCAGGCGCUGAGCGGCAUCAUCAAAAGACAGCCAGUCAGCCUCGACCUCAGCUGGACCAAUAUCUCCAAAAAACAGCUUACGUGGCUUGUCAACAGGCUCGCAGGCCUGAAAGACCUCAUCUUAGCGGGCUGUUCCUGGUCUGCGGUCUGUGCUCUCAGUACCUCCAGCUGUACCUCCAGCUGCCCCCUUCUCAGGACCCUCGAUCUUCGGUGGGCAGUAGGAAUCAAGGACCCCCAGAUCCGGGACUUGCUCACGCCUCCGACAGACAAACCCAGUCAGGACAAUCGCAGCAAACUCCGCAACAUGAUAGAUUUCCGGCUCGCCGGCUUGGACAUCACUGACCUCAGCCACUGCAACCACCUUACGGACCAGUCAGCCAACCUCCUCACGGCCGUGGGCUCUUCUACACGCAACUCCCUCACCGAGCUCAACAUGGCAGGCUGCAAUAAGCUGACGGACCAGGCCUUGCUGUACCUGCGCCGCAUCUCCAACGUCACUCUAAUUGACCUGCGAGGUUGCAAACAGAUCACCCGCAAAGCCUGUGAGCACUUCAUCUCGGACCUGUCUAUCAACAGCCUCUACUGCCUGUCCGAUGAGAAGCUGAUCCAAAAAAUCAGCUAG